CUGAGUUGAACACCAUCGCGCCCAUCAUCUCCAACUUCUUCCUCUGCUCCUACUCUUUGAUCAACUUCAGCUGCUUCCACGCAUCCAUCACCAACUCACCAGGUUGGCGUCCGUCCUUCAGGUUCUACAGUAAGUGGCUGUCGCUGCUGGGCGCCAUAUGCUCCGUGGUGAUCAUGUUCCUGCUGACGUGGUGGGCGGCCCUUAUUGCUUUUGGCGUCGUCUUUAUUCUGUUGGCAUACACACUCUACAAGAAGCCAGAUGUGAACUGGGGCUCAUCAGUGCAGGCGAGCUCCUACAACAUGGCUCUGAGCAGGUGUGCAGGCCUCAACAGCGUAGAGGACCACGUCAAGAACUACAGGCCCCAGUGUUUGGUGCUAACGGGCCCUCCCAGCAGUCGUCCCGCCCUGGUGGACCUCGUCAGCUGUUUCACAAAGGAUCUCAGUCUUAUGUUGUGUGGAAAUGUGUUAACUGAUGGUCCCUCUCCUUCAGUACUGGAGAAGGCAAUGAGCGACAGUCACCUGAACUGGCUCAACAAAAGGAAGGUCGGGUCGUUCUACAGAGGAGUGGUGGCUGCAGAUCUGCAAUCUGGGGUUAACGUGUUGCUACAGGGGGCAGGUUUGGGCCGUAUGAAGCCAAAUGUUCUCAUCAUGGGUUUCAAGAAAGACUGGCGGAGUGACACACCUCAGGCUGCUCACAACUACAUAGGAAUAAUGCGUGAUGCGUUCGACCUGCAGUUUGGUGUGUGCGUGCUGAGGAUGAGAGAGGGAUUAGAGGUCUCCAAUCCAUCUCAGUCACACGUUAAUCCAAGUUUUGACGGUGGACCAGAGAGCAUCAACAGCAUCUCUGUUCCUUCCUGCGUUCAGACAAGCCCGACAUCUUCUGUCUCCAUCGAGCCCGAGCCUCAGCAUAGUACACAGUUUCAGAAAAAACAGGGAAAGAAGACCAUCGACGUGUACUGGCUGUCUGAUGAUGGAGGUCUGACCCUGCUGCUGCCUUACCUGCUGACCCGCAGAAAGCGCUGGGCCAGGUGUAAGGUCCGAGUGUUUGUGGGAGGAGACGCAGAGAAAAGGGACGAGCAGAAGCAGGAGGUGUUGGAGCUCAUCAAGAAGUUCCGUCUUGGUUUCCAUAGUGUCGAAGUCCUUCCUGAAAUCAACCAGCCUCCUCAGCAGAUGAAUGUCCAUCAGUUUGAGAAGAUGGUCAGUCGCUUCAGGGUGGAUACAAAUUCUAAGCCAGACUCAGAUUCUGGAUGUGCAAGCCAACAUCAGGAGCCCUGGAUGAUCACGGACCAGGAUUUCGAGAAGAACAAGGCCAAGUCUCUUCGCCAGAUCCGCCUAAAUGAGGUACUGCUGGAUUACUCUAGAGAGGCCGCUCUCAUUAUAAUCACCAUGCCAGUGGGGAGGAGAGGAGUGUGUCCCAGCACACUCUACAUGGCGUGGCUCGACUUCUUGUCACGUGAUCUGAGACCUCCAGUCCUUCUGGUCAGAGGAAACCAGGAAAACGUUCUCACCUUCUACUGCCAGUAA